GAUCCGAUCCCAAAGGACAGAUUAGCAUUUCUAUAGACUGUCAAGUACGCACUGCCAACUGGAAAAGUCGUGGAACAAGAGUGGCUUUGAAAAGUCUAAAAGGAGGAUUAAAGUUUGACGAUGUCGCAAUGAAGGAAUUCAUGCGAGAGGAUACACAACUUCAUUCGAAUAACAAUACUAUGUCUGUGUACAAAUCUUCAUCUACUAGAUCGAGUUUUGAAAAUGAUGAUUCUCGAAAUGAUGUGACAGAAACUUUAAAUACGGAAGUAAAGCCCUCUAUUUACUCUAGUUUCGAACCUAGAAAUACAGCCUUUUCAGAAAUUUCUAAUUUUCAAAUAUGCAAUCAAGCUGUAAAUACCAGGAGGAGAAGUUUGUCUCCUGUUAGAGGUAAUUUUGUUCAACCUUCCAGAGAAUAUUUGAAAGAGAAACUUUCAGUGAUUAAAGAAAAUUAUACAGUAAAUUUAUCGGAUAAACUUUCUUUGGAGGAAGAGACAUAUUCAAAGUUAUCUUCUGGAACAAAGCCAAUGCUUCAUGUGAAUAAAUUAUAUUCUUUUUCAAAAAAAUGCCCUUCCAGAUCGAAAAGCCUAAAACAAACCGUUUCCACAUCAGAUUUCAAAAUUACUAAUUCCUACUCACCAGAUGAUCAAUUUGAUAACCCAAUAUCACCAGUUUUCAACCAAAAAAUAGCUUAUCAUCAAGAGAAUGAUUUUGUUUUAUAUAAUGGAAAACCUAUGGAAUCCAUUACACCAGUUAUAGAUGAUAUGCACGCUAUUGUAAUUAAAGAACAACCAUUUUUCAUUCCUUAUUCUCAAUUUAACAUAAUUGCACCAUUGGAUUAUGGAUAUUUGGGUAGAAGUUUUAAAGUGUAUUGGAAGAAAGCAAAUAAUAUUGUUGCUCUCAAGAAGUUGUAUCUUAAAGAAGAGACACAAGACAAUUUUUUGGAUGACUUUCUAAAAGAAAUAAAAAUACAUUCAAAUAUAGAGAUGUGUAAGAAUAUUAAUCGACUUUUAGGGAUAACCCAUGAGUUUGGAUUCACAAGAUCUCUAGAAUCUGAUCCAUUAAAAAGUCAUUUAGGGGGGAUAGUUUACAUCGCACCAGAAUUAUUAAAACCCAUUUCUACAUUUACAUUUUUACAGGAAGAUUCGAAGUCUGUAGUUGAAGAGAUAUGUGCUGGAAAAAGAGAACGUCGGAUUCCAGGUACUCCGGAUGAUUAUUUUGAAUUAUAUUCAGAGUGUUGGAGUGGUCAGCCUGAAAGUCGACCAAAUGUUGAGGAGAUUUAUAUAAACUUGACGAAAAUGAUGGAAAGAAUCAAUAGAGAAGAGGUUGCAAAAAAUACAUUUUACACACUAAAGAAAACUCAAGCACACAAAAAAAGCAAAUCAUUAUGGGACAAUAUUUCAUUAACCAAAAACUUUACAUAA